AUGGUUGGUAUUUUUAGCAAGAAGUUUGACCCUGAGUUUCACAUCUGGAUGCUGACUCAAGUAUGCUUUCAUGGAUUUCCUGCUAGGGUGUUCAAGAGUACUGAGAAGUGUCGGGGGAAAAAGUAUGGAAAGUGCCAGUGCUUCAGCCAUCCCUUGUAUAACUGCAAGUACUGGCAAUGGUGUGAUGAUUUUGAGGUGAGAAUUGGUGACUUCAAAGUGCUGGUGAGACCAGGGAGGCUGGUGUUUCCCCAUGGCAUAGAGGCGCUGCCACCAGCAGAGCUGCUGGAGGUGCUGACAUUUUCUUUUGGGACAAGGCAGGCAUUGGGCACAACAAAUGUCCAGGAGAGCAGUAGGAAUGCAGAAAGUAAGGGCAAGGGGUUGGCAAGUUGUUUAUUGACAAGUCGUGCAUUGUUGUUGCCUGUUGUUUCUGAAAUGGGAGAAGAGGAUGUGGCUGGUGGUACCCAUUGUUGUCAUCAAAGCACAUGGAUGUCAGGAAGGAAAUGGACUGAGGAUGACAUGGGAGAAGAUGAUUGUGGUAGUACUAUCAUUUAUGCUGGGAAAGAGAAUGUGCUGGUGGAACAUCACACUCAGGAGAACACUGCUAAUGGUUGGCUGUACACCAGUUAA